AUGGCUGAAAUAAUUGCAACAGAACUGAUCAAAACCGUUUUUCAGAAACUGGGAGAUGAAGCCUUGAAGCAGAUCGUUCGGGCGCAGGGGAUCCAAUCUGAGAUCAAGAACUUGGACAAGACAUUGUCCAGGAUCCAAGAUCUCCUUAAUGAUGCUGCUGACAAAGAAACUGCUGAUAAAGAUGUCAAAAAAUGGCUCAAUAGUCUUCACCAUUUGGCUUAUGAUAUUGAUGAUUUACUUGAUGGUUUGGCAACUGGUGCUCGUGAGCUGACUGAAGAGGAGUCAGGUGCAACCACCAGCAAGGUAACUAAAAGAUUCAUCCCCACUUGUUGCACUAAUUUCAAACUAAGUAGUAAGCUGCAUCACAAGUUAGAUAGCAUCGCCACCGAGUUACGGAUACUAGAAAAGCAAAAGGUUUCUCUAGGUUUGAAUAUUAAGAAAGAUGAAAAGGAAAAAAUGGUGACUAGUAGAAAAUACGAAACCUCUUUGCCAGAUUUAACUAAGUUUGUUGGAAGGGAAAGGGAAAAAAAAGAAUUGCUUCACAAGCUGUUAGGAGAUGAGAACCCAUGUAAGGAAAAGUUUAGCGUUGUACCCAUAGUUGGUAUGGGUGGGGUAGGUAAGACCACCUUAGCUAGAAGUUUGUACAAUGAAACACAGGUGAAAGACCACUUUGAACUCCGUGUAUGGAUUUGUGUCUCUGAUGAUUUUGAUAUCUUUAAGAUAAGUGAAACCAUUUUUCGAGCAAUGCCUACCGAAAAUAAAGAGUUUAAGGAUUUAAAUGAGAUUCAAAUAGCUCUUUCGGAGCAACUUAAGGAUAAACGGUUUCUACUAGUUCUAGAUGAUAUUUGGAGCGAAAAAUAUGUCGAUUGGGAGAAUUUAGUAAAGCCUUUUCAUUCGGGGGCUGCCGGAAGUAAAAUAAUCAUGACAACCCGAAAGGAAGUAUUGCUCAAACAGAUUGUUUUUGGUCAUCUAGACAAGUUGGAGACUUUUUCACAUGAUGAUGCUAUGAGUCUGCUUGCUCGACAUGCAUUAGAUGUAGAUAACUUCGAUUCACAUACGGAUCUGAAAGCCCAUGGUGACUGUAUAGUGGAAAACUGUGGAUGUUUACCUUUGGCUUUAAAAGUAGUUGGUAGGCUAUUGAGGACAAAAACAGAUGAGCAAUAUUGGGAGCAGGUGUUAAAUAGCAAGAUAUGGCAAACAGAUGAUAAUAUUGUUCCAGCCCUUAGGCUAAGUUACCAAGAGCUUUCAGCAUGUUUGAAACAACUGUUCGCAUAUUGCUCCUUUUUCCCAAAAGACUUUUUGUUUGACAAGAGGGAGUUGGUUCGGUUGUGGGUGGCAGAAGGUUUCAUUAAACAAUCAACUGGAAGCACGUUCACCGAAGAAUCCUUGGGCCAUAAAUAUUUUGAAGAGCUCUUAUCUAGGUCAUUUUUUCAACAUGCACCGAAUGAUGAAUCGUCGUUUGUGAUGCACGACCUCUUGAUUGACUUGGCCAAAUUUGUUGCUGAAGAUUUUUUUGUGAGGUUGGAUGAUCAAAUGGAAAUGAAGACACAAACUUUAGCUAAGUACCGCCAUAUGUCUUUUAUUCGUGAGAAGUAUGUUGGUUAUCGGAAGUUCAAGGCAUUUAAAAGUGCCAAGAGUUUGAGAACUUUUUUGGCAGUGUCUGUUGGGGUGAAAGAAAGUUCAGAUUGUUUUUACUUAUCGUAUAAGAUUUUGCUUAAACUACUUGAUAAGCUACCAUUGUUGAGGGUUAUUUCUUUAAGCGGCUUUGAGAUAAGUGAGGUACCUAAAUGCAUUGUUCACCUGAAGCACUUGAGAUAUCUUAACUUAUCACAAACCAAGAUCGAAGAACUACCGGAAGAUGUGGGCAAUCUUGAUAAUUUACAAUCAUUGAUUCUUUUUGGUUGUGAUAAGUUACGUAAGUUGCCCAAAAGCUUUUCAAAGCUUAACAAUCUGCGACAUUUUGAUAUUAGGGAUACUCCAUUAUUCAAGAAGAUGCCCUUUGGGAUUGGUGAUUUAAGUAAUCUACAAACACUCACCAAGAUCAUCAUUGAAGGAGAUAAUGGCUUUAUGAUAUCCAAACUCAAAAAUUUUAAAAAUCUCGAGGGGGGGUUAUGCAUUGAGGGGUUGGACAAAGUGCACAACGCAAAACUUGCACGCGACGCAAGGUUAUCUGAAAAAAGGCUUACAGAGGUAGAAUUUUCAUGGAAUGAUGUAUCUAAUGAUUCUCGAAAUAACGUUCUUGAAUAUGAGGUCCUAUAUGAACUAAAGCCUUGUCAUGAUGCUUUGACAAUACUCAAAAUUGUGUCGUAUCCGGGAACAAAGUUUCCAAAUUGGUUCGGUGAUCCCUCGUAUCUCAAUUUGGUUCAUGUGUCGAUAGUUGGUUGUAGAAAUUGUACUUUUUUGCCCGUACUUGGGAGGCUACAAUUGCUUAAGGAGUUGGUAGUUGAAGGCAUGAAGGAGGUUAAAGUUAUAGGCCCUGAAUUACUUGGGAUUGGUGGUGUUGCAUUCCCUUCGCUUGACACUCUAAGGUUUAAAGAUAUGCCCAGCUGGGAGGUAUGGUCAACUUGUCAAGAGGUCACUGGUGUAGUGUUUCCAUGCCUUCGAGAACUUUAUAUAAUUCGUUGUCAUAAGUUGGUUGACAUCUCACUUGAAGCACUACAUUCAUUGAGAACUCUUGUGAUACAUGGAUGUGGUGAUGGUGUGCUGAGAAGUAUGGUUGGUGUAGCUUCAUCUGUCAUCAAGUUGGUGAUAAAUAAUAUUUCUGGGCUUAGUGACGAGGUGUGGAGAGGUGUUAUAAUAAAUCUUAGGGCAGUCGAACAAGUAUGGGUCUAUAGUUGUAAUGAAAUAAGAUACAUGUGGAAAUCAGAGGAAGAGGCAAGUAAGGUUCUUGUGAAUUUAAGACACUUGGAAGUAAAUGGUUGUUCAGAAUUGGUGAGAUUAGGAGAGAAAGAAGAGGAUUGUAGCAAUCUGCUAACAUCACUUAAGAUUUUGAAACUAAAGGAUUGUGAUAAUUUAAGGGGUUGCAGUUGUCCACGUAGCAUUGAUACUUUGGAAAUUAGAAAUUGCAGUUCAAUCCGUCGUGUCUCCUUCCAAACAAGAGAAGGACGAGGAGAAAUGGAGACGCUUAAGUCACUUAGAAUUAAAGAUUGUAAAGAACUAGUAGUAAUGGGAAAGGAGUUAGUAGGUGGAGGAAAAAAUACCAACAACACACAAAUGCUUGAAUAUGUAUAUAUAGAAGGUUGGCCAAAUCUAAAAUCAAUGAAUGGAUUAUUGAACUCCAUUCACCUCACCUCUCUAGUAAUAUCAAAUUGUAGAUAUAUAGAGUCAUUUCCUGACCUUGAGUUGCCAAAUCUCACCUCAUUAACCCAUCUGGCAAUUAUGUAUUGUCCGAGUAUGGAUGGUUAUUUUCCACGUGGAAAUUGGCCUCCGAGGUUGACUACUCUUGUAAUAGGGGGGUUGAAGAGACCCAUAUGA